UAGAAAUUUUAAGAUUAUUCUUGAAAUAAGAUUAUAGAAUAAAACAACAAGCGACAAAGUACUUGGGUGUUUUUGAAGAGCAAGAUGAGUAUGGAUAAAGUUAUCCUAUUGGUUGGGUUGUUCGCUGUAUCUAAUAUUUUCUGUUACGAAAUUGAUCUAUUGUCUGCGGUAAAAAUUGAUGACAGUUUAUCUGGUGUUGAAAGUAUAGAUGGUCGAUAUAGAGCUUUCCAAUUAUUUGUAAGCAGCAACGAACUGUUGGCAGAUCCUUUCAUUACAAAAGAAUUUGUGAAUGAGGUGAUUCGGCACAAAGAGUUUUUUGUUGUUGUAAACGUUCGAAAUGAUAAGCAGACAACGACCUCCUUAAUUUCUGUUCAAACAAAGAGAGGCAAACACAAGUUCUUGGUAUGGAUGGAUGUACGUGAAAGAAAAAUUGGAAUCAAAUCACAUUCAUCGGAUGGUAAAGGUCAUGUUGUUUUUAAACAUGUGCCAGUCAAGCAAGGGAAAUGGCACCAUAUUAUUCUACACUUCCAAAAGUUUGAUACAAAUGCACCAACUGUUGACUUGUAUAUUGAUUGUGAGUUCAUUGAACAGCAGAAGUUUUCGAUGUCAUUGAAAUUCUCCUUAAUCGAAGAUGGACUGAUUUCAGAGUUGAGAAUUGGCCAAAUAAAAAACAAAAUAGGAAAAGAUGCAAUGAAAUUUUUAGGUGGCAUUCAAGAAAUUAAAGUAGUUUUCAACCGAAAAAUUGAUUGGUAUGUGAACAAGAAGCAAUGCUUUUAUGUUGAAAUUGAAGCAACGUCAAUGAAGGCAUAUCAAGAUCCAAAUGCUGUCGCUUCAUAUGAAAUGGAGCAACUUUCGCUUAACAUGAAAAACGUCCAAUUUCAAAUGGCAGAACAGGUUAGGGAGAUGGCCAAGAUUACCCAGUGGUUAAACGAAUGUGCAAUUUGCAGCGCAACUGGACCUGGUAAAUUAAAUGUCACCAUAUGUUCAGCAGACAAAUGUUCUGCUGAUGCAAAAUGCAAUGUACUCAGUGAAGCAAGGAAAACGUAUAAAUGUGAAUGCAAGAACGGAUUUGCUGGAAAUGGGGAUCAAUGUGGAAAAGACAGUGACAGCGAUGGCAUCCCAGAUGAAGAAUUGCAAUGUGAAGGAAAGGCAUGCCGAAAGGAUAAUUGCAGGACUUUCCCAAAUGCUGGUCAAGAGGAUGCUGACGGUGAUGGAUUGGGUAACGCUUGUGACAGUGACGAUGACAAUGAUGGAAUUAUCGAUGAAGAUGAUAACUGCCCAACAACAGCAAACGCUGAUCAAGAAGACGCCGACGGUGAUGGUGUUGGUGAUAAAUGCGAUAAUUGCCCUAAUAAAAAAAAUAAAGAUCAAAUAGAUACUAAUAAUGAUAAAACUGGUGACGCCUGUAGCAAGGACAGUGACGCUGAUGGUAUUCCGGACAAACAGGAUAACUGCAGACUUGUGCCCAAUCCCUUACAAGAAGAUGUAGAUUCAGAUAAUGUGGGGAACGCGUGUGAUAAUUGUAAAAUGCAGUAUAAUCCUGACCAAGUAGACAAGGAUUUCGAUAAAAUCGGAGAUGCAUGUGAUACGGACAGCGAUAUUGAUAGGGAUGGUAUCCAGGACGAUAAAGACAAUUGUAAAUACGUACCAAAUGCGAAUCAGUUGGAUCAAGAUGGAGAUGGAAAAGGAAACGCAUGUGAUGACGAUGAUGAUAAUGAUGGAAUUAAAGAUGGCGUAGAUAACUGCAGACUGACAUAUAAUCCAGACCAGAAAGACAGUGACGGUGAUGGUGCCGGUGACAAAUGUGACGAAAGCAUCCAUGGAGGUGGUAUAACAGACGUGUGCCCAGAUGAUCCAGACAUCUACAAUACUAAUUUCACAAAAUACACUCAUAUCCGAUUGGACCCUAAAGGAACCUCUCAAGUGGAUCCAGAAUGGGAAAUCUUAGCCGAGGGAGCUGAGAUUAAACAGUGGCGAAACAGUGAUCCUGGACUUGCCAUCGGUGAAAAAAAGUUCGAAGGCGUGGAUUUCUCCGGCACGUUUUAUAUCCACGACGAUAAAGACGACGACUUUGCAGGAUUUGUGUUCUCGUAUCAAGACAGCAAGCGAUUUUACACAGUCAUGUGGAAAAAAGAAAAACAGACGUACUGGUUUGAGGAACCCUUUAAAGCUGUUGGCCAUGCAGGCUUACAGCUAAAGAUGGUGUCAUCUAAAACUGGACCUGGUGAAGAAAUGAGAAAUGCUUUAUGGAGCUCCAAAAGUGAACCAGGACAGACGAGGGUGUUGUGGACUGACCCUACCAUCAAAGGUUGGAAGCCCAGGACUGCUUACAAGUGGGAACUUACCCAUCGACCAAAACUAGGAAUAAUAAAUGUGAAAAUCUUUGAAGGUAAACAAAAGAUUGCUGAUUCUGGUUACAUCGCCAAUGCUGAAAUAAAGGGCGGUCAGUUAGGCGUGUUGGUGUUCUCACAAAAAGAAGUUGUGUUCUCCAACUUGAAAUACAAAUGCAAUGAAAACACGCCAGAAGGGUUUAGCCCGAACGCAAUCCAAUAGAAGUCCAAGUUAGGCGAAACAAAUAAAUGUUGGACAAUUAAAUUUGAGGAAGAAUAUAAAAAAAAAUUGUAGAUACAGAGAAUUGAACAAUGCAUCUUGUUGUUGUUGUUCUUAAAGAAAACGAUAUAACGUAAACAAAUUGUUUAUACUACGUAUAAAGAUAUACAAAAAUAUACACGAAUUCUUUACCUUGUUGUUGUUGCUGAUUGUUCUUUUCUACAGCUUAGAAAAUUAAAAUGUUGAUUCAACAAAAUGUCCUGUUUUCAAUACAGCUUUGAUAUAGUUUUCCAUUACUAGUCGCUUCUACAAUUUUUUAGUAGCUCGUAUGAGACACUUUCUGAAUUUUUGUAGAACUAACCUCGCGAAAUAGGAGUAGUGACUUGUAUAAAUUUUCUAACAUAUAUCGAAUUAUAUUAUUAUUUUAUUUUAUUUUUUUUAUUUUUGAAAAUUGACUUCUUCUCCUUUCCCCUUGUACAGAAACAUCAUGGUUUAUUAAAUAAAAGUAACUUAGUUUUAUUCUUUCCUUUAAAUCGAAUUGAGUCAAAAAAUUAGA